UGUAAACCUACAAUCUACUCGCAAUCAUGCCAAAAACUUGUAAAAUAUGUAUGGCCAUUACCCUUCACUGAUUUUAUUUUCUCUUGGUUUUCAUAGAAUCCAGGUUUGCCUUUUUUUCUACAAGGAGAAUCAGAAUUUCAUGAUGGAAACCUUGGUGGUGCCAUACAAUAUUUCAGCAUAGCUCUGAACAUAUUGGAGCACAUCUCUACGUCGCCUCUUCAUGCUGAAUUGAGAGUUAAAGCUUUACUUAGGAGAGCACAGUGUUUCUUUUUUCUCCCGGGUUAUCUUGACCAAUCCGUACGAGACUGUACGAAAGCUUUGAAUAUCAGUACAGCGAUAGGCUUCCAAGAGGGAAUUUUUGAAGCGAUAAUGCUCAAGACAUGUACUCUUGAAGUAACUGGUGAAAUUCAAGGUGCUUUUCAACUGGCGGUACUCCUUAAGACCUUAGAUUUCAAGAAAGCAAAAUCAUGUGUUAAGAGAUUAAGGGAGAAUUUGGAAAGAAUUUUCCGAGAGGACUCAACACUUGCUUAUGAGCUUGGAGACGAUCUUAUGGGUACUGGAAUUCAAUUUUUUACAAACAACUGUUUUAAGGAAGCCGCUGAAUAUUUCACUGAAGUUAUUCGCCUUGUGUGUGAAUUUAACUUCAUCCGCGAAGCUUACAUAUACCAAGCCAAAUGCUAUCUUAAUCUGGUAAGCUCCAUGAUAGCUUUUCAUGAAAUGUUUCGGACUCUGACUCGCAAUGACAGUUAUUGAGUUAAGCUGAACGUGACCAUUUUGCU